AUGUCUGUUUCUCGCUCUAUCCAGACCAUCAGGCGAAAGAGGAAGGUGCAGAUCCCCAUGGGGCGCCCGGGUGAACGCGAGACCAUGUCAGAGCAUGACGAAGACGAUGACAGCUAUGAAGACGAGAUCUACGAGGCCCGGAGCGCACAGAGCGGGCUCAGCGCCUGCAGCGGGGGCGGAGCCACAGGCCGGAGGAGCAGCAGGGGCGACCGGCUGGGCGGGAGGAGGGACCGAGACAGAGAGCGCAGCGGCUCCAGAGAGAGGAGUAUGUCCCCACGCUCGGACCGCCACUCUGUGUCCUCCAACCAACCUCCACGCCCAGCCAAGGUCACCCUCAUCAAGUCCCGCAAAAAUGAAGAAUACGGGCUUCGCCUGGCCAGCCACAUCUUUGUGAAGGACAUUUCCCCCGAGAGCCUGGCAGCCCGAGACGGAAGCAUACAGGAGGGAGACGUAGUGCUCAAGAUUAAUGGCACGGUGACUGAGAAUUUGUCUCUGAUCGAUGCUAAGAAACUGAUUGAGAGGUCAAAGGGCAAGCUGAAGAUGGUGGUGCAGAGAGACGAGAGGGCGACCCUGCUCAAUAUCCCAGACCUGGAUGACAGUGUACCUUCAGCUAAUGCCUCUGACAGAGAUGGUGAGAGAGUCUCUGUAAACAAUGUGGAUUUUGCAAACAUCAUCCGCGAGGAGGCAGUGCUGUUUCUGCUGGACCUGCCCAAAGGAGAGGAGGUCACCAUCCUCGCCCAGAAAAAGAAAGAUG